GCAACCUACUCUUUACCAUUCUUCCAAAUCGGCAGUUCGUUUACACUUAAUUUCUUCCAGAUAUCAUGUCUCAAUCUUCUGACUCAAGCUUAUUGUUUUCUGACGCUGCCUCCCUAGAAGAGCAGUCACUCUACCGGAAAUGCGAUCAGAUCUUCGUUUCUGAUGAGUCGAAAACAGACGUGCAAGUCCGCAAGACAUGCCCUGGCGAAUCGUCCCAAAGUUUUCAGUUUGGAAGGAGUAUCACCGGCCAGGGCAUGGAUGGCGGCCAAUCCGUUUUAGAGGUAUAUCAGAACACCGAUAACAGUCAAUGGUUCUUCUUUAUAUCCCAAGCGCAUACAUGGAGCCGGCUGAAUGUGUCCCACGGCUUGUUCCGUCAGUUAUGCCAUGGACUGCAGAUCAUGCCUCAGUCUGCCGAGAUUGUGUCCGCUUUUGGAGCCAGAACUACGGAUGAUGAUGAAUACUUUACGACAUGUCAUCGCCAAAAGAUCUGGGGUGCGCAGAAUGACAGUACGGGAGCUUUUCGACGUUCAGGUGAGACACCUUCCGAGAUGUACGCAAUGGCCUCCGAGCCUCCACAUUCAUUAACAUGUAUAGACAUCUGUUACAACAUUCGUUUUGUUGAACGACACGGGCGUGACGGACUCAAGGAUCCAUGGUCAUUUCGGCAAGUAGCUGUGUACCAUUCAUACGAUUAUGAACGCAAGAAAUGUUCAUGGGUGUUCAUACAGCUGCCCAAAGCAGUUAUAGCGAGCAUAGUGAGAGAAGCGAAGCCACAUUCUCCUCUUCUGAUACACUGGCUUAUCCGGCACUACUGUGCAAGUGAAUGGAGGUGGUAUAUCAAUUACCUCAGUGAUCUCGUAUCUACCAUGAGGGACGUCUCCUGUUUCACUCGCGUCGAUCAAGACCUGGAAGGCCUACCACUUGACUUCCAGCAAAGUCAGAAGCUCGAGGUUCUGCGCAAUAAGAUCAGACGUGUGAAUCUGCUGCUCGGAUCAUGCAUCUCAACUACCGAGUCGCUGAUGGCGCAUGCUACGGAGUGCUACUGCCAAGAAGACGGCGAUGAGAGGAAUGGUAACAGAAGUAGUGAGAUACUGCUGGAGUUUGGCCAGCACGUCGAUGUCCUCAAGAUGCAUAAAGCCAAAGCAUCUAGUUUGCUUGAGUCAACUCAGAGUAUUGAUUUCCUGACCACCAAAGUUCUGGAGUUUCGCCAGAAUCACAUGACAUACAAUCUCAACGUCUCGAUGGAGAACAUCUCUCGGUCAAUGUCGAACGAGAAUAAGCUCAUGGCCUCCACUGCGGAUCAGACCCGGCAAGACUCUAAGACGAUAAAGACGAUCAGCAUCAUUGCACUAGUGUAUCUCCCAGCAACUCUGCUAUCCUCCGUAUUCAGCUCGGAGCUUGUUCAGCCGAUCUCAAAUACCAAGGGCCGUGCAGGAGGCCUCACUAUCAUCACCCUCCUUGCUGCGAAGCUGUGGGAACGAAAGACCGGCUAG